GCAUGCGCACUAACAUGUCUGGAAUCUGCUGCAGCUCGCACUACAGGGCUGAAGGGUCGACGCUGCCUUGGUAACGUAACAACACACCGACUGGGCAAGAGUUGGGGACCCAGAUAUCCUUACAUCAAAGGCUCCUUCCUCCUCAUUUCCUCUCCAUCCAUCCCUCCGUCCCUGUUUCUCCCAUCAGCCGAAUCUGGGCGGCUGUUCCUCCGCUGUUAUGGACCCGUGGAUAUGAAAUCCAGACAGGACAGAAAAAUCUACAAAAAUAAGAAAGAGAAGCUACAUUGGUGAACCACUAUGCCAUUGGUAAAGCGCUGUAUAGAGCCCAGACACCUGUGUCGAGGUGCUGUACCUGAUGGAGUCACCAGUGAACUGGAGUGUGUUACCAACAGCACCCUCGCUGCCAUCAUCAAACAGCUGGGCAGCCUAAGUCGUUAUGCAGAGGACAUCUUUGGGGAUCUGUUCAACGAAGCCAACAGCUUCUACAUGAGAAUGAACAGCCUCCAGGAGAGAGUGGACCUACUGGCUGUCAAAGUCACACAGCUAGACUCUACCGUUGAAGAAGUGUCUCUGCAGGAUAUCAACAUGCGUAAGGCAUUUAAGAGCAGUACCAUCCAGGACCAGCAGGUGGUGUCACGGACCUCAGUCCCUAACCCUGUUGUAGAGAUGUACCACCGUGGUGACAAACCUCCGCCUCUCAACAUACUCAGCCCUUAUAGAGAUGAUAAGAAGGAUGCAUUGAAGUUCUACACAGACCCCUCCUACUUCUUCAUGCUGUGGAGAGAGAAGAUGCUUCAGGCUACGGAGGACAAACGGAAGGAGAAGAAACGGCAGAAGACCAGCUGUCCAGCCCACUGUGACCAGGGUAGACCCCACAGCAGACAGGCUCCACCACGCAGCCCACUGCCCAGCUCCGAGCAGCAGAAACAGGUGGAGGAUCCGGGCAGAGAGGUGAAGAAGGUGAGAAAGGCCAGGAAUCGCAGACAGGAAUGGAAUAUGAUGGCCUAUGAUAAGGAGUUCCGCCCGGACACACGACUCACCCCCUCACCCUACCACGGAAUGUCCUCCGAGGGGUCAUUAUCACCUGAUAACAGGUCGAUGGCAUCAGACAUGGGCGAGCAUUCCUACCCUGCCAGCCCUAACCACCCCUCCCAGCCAACCUCUGCCCCCACCCCAUUGAUGGUGCCCCCACCUCACCCAAGCCCCCAGACUCAGUCUCUGGACAGGGGAGGGUACCCCAGAGCCAACCCCCUCUGGGGCGGCCGCCGCAGUACGACAAAUCGCAUCACUGGGGCGCACCCAGCCCCCCACCCACCCCCGCCCACUCCGAGGGAGGGGCACUCAACGGUCCACGUCAGCAGUCCGUCAAGGACUACAGGGCUCAUGGCGGCCAGCCAUCCACCAUCCCGGAGUACUUCAUCCCCCAGCCCCUCCCCCUCCUCCCCCAAUCAUCCCCUCCGCCCAGACUGCCUUCGACUCUACCUCCUCCUCCCCCUCCCUCCCCCUCCCUCCCUCCUCCCUCCCUCCCCCCCGGGCUGUGGCCAUCAUGUCCCGUUCUUACAGUCCCUCCCCUCCUCCUCCCGCCCCCUGCCCACUAUGUCCCCUCCCCUCUCACGCCCCUCCCGCUGCCCCCCUCCUCCUCCCCCACCAGGCCUGCCCCCAUCCCACAUCCUGUCUCCGGCUCACGCUAUUGGUGGGUCUCAAGGAGAAGCUCCGCCUACCAGGAAGGGCCAGAUACCGAUGAUUCCGAUAAGCGAUGCCCGCAGCGACCUGUUGGCUGCCAUACGUAGAGGUAUCCAAUUGAGGAAGGUACAGGAGCAGAGAGAGCAGGAAGCGAAGAGAGAGCCCGUAGGAAACGACGUGGCCACCAUUCUCUCACGUCGCAUCGCCGUCGAGUACAGCGAAUCAGAGUCUGACUCCGGCGGGGAGGACAACGGGGAGUGGUCCGACUGAGAGGGGUCAUAGGACAAGGGAUUAGGCUUUUGAGAAAAUGGUGUCUAGUUUGGUCUGGAAGGAUGGGAGUGUAUGGAGGGAUUUUAGUGCCCCCUCCCCCCAAAAAAUUCUGUCUCAAUAUCACUCUACAGAAUUGUGUCUCAAACGCUUUCUAUCUUUCUUUCCUGUAUUCACAGAUCUGAAACGACUUGGUAGGUGGAUAGGCAAUUAUGAUGAUGUUUUAGCUUCGGUCAGAUCUAUGGACACUGAAGGGGGAGAAGAAUGAGGCCAUAGAAUACACCCCCCCCUUCCCCCUCCCAAUCACUCAGUUAGCCAGUCAAUCAACCAAUCAAUCAUCAAUGUUACGCUCCAGUAUUACAGUACUUAGUGAGCAGUACAACACUACAAAACAUAUUACAGUACUUAGCAAUAAGCAGUACAACACUACAAGCCAUGACUAUGACGUUGCUGAGGUAAACUAAAUGGGGUUGGUUGAGGAGCACAAGUCAGCUUGUGUCAAGAAGGUGGGUGACAUGUUUUUUAUUAAGUUAUUCCCUCAAUUCUUUAUUUCACGUGGCUCAUACAUAACCUAGACAGGAGUACAUCUGAGAAGAGUUACGGGGUCCAAAAUGGCACCCUAUUCACUACGUAGAGCACUACAGUUGACCUGGGCCCGUAGAGCUCUGGUCUAAAGUAGUGCACUAUAUAGAGGAUAGGGCACCGUUUGGAAUGCAGACUGUGACUAAAAAGAUGGAAAUAUAUACCCAUGGCAACCAACUCCAAUUAUCGGAAGGUUCAGCUGGUUGCCCUGAACAAUGCUAAAUCUAGAACUCAAACAGAUGCGGUUCCGGUAGAUUCUUACCACAGAGCGCGGGGGUGUCGGGGAGGCGGUGCUAUGAUGCGUCCCUGAGAUGCCACAUUUGUGUGAAACUGCGUAGGAUCACACACACACACAUACACACACACACACCAAAGAUGUAGGAUCCCACCUUUUCUCCACUUGUAAACAACAACAAGAAAAACAACCUCAUAACCAAACAAAACCCAACUGACAAAAGACAAUACCAAUGUGCAGUGCUUUUUAAAAUAUGGCUUUACAGUUUUCACCGCCUCAUGUUUUAAAAUUGAUGUUUUAAGAGAAUCAUAAAAAAACACUAUAUAUAUAUAUAUAUAUAAAUAUAUCAAAUAAAACACAACAUAGUUUUACAUCAGCAACAACUACUCCGUAUGGGGGUCAGUGAGAUUUGAGUAUGGUGCAGUGGGUUGACUUAUUUUCAAAGGCAAGUUUUCAGCGCACGAUGUAUUGUGGGAAAUGUAGUCAUCAAUCACAAUAUUAGACCAGUUUUAUUCUGUACUGAAGCCUCUGCUUGUGGUGUGCUAUGUGAAGUAGCUUUGUACAGCUGCACAGAUGCCUAAAUCACUUCAUCUAAAGUUACUCGCAAUGCUUACUGUGUUUGCUCAGUGCUUGUAGAGCAGGGGUCUCAAACUACAGGCCCGUGAUCCAAAAGCGGCCCCUGAGCCGAUUUAAAUAACGUGGCACCCUGGGAAAAAUUAUAUUGAGAACACACUUGCAGAGGAUAUAAUCCUAACAUCAAAAAAUAUUUUUUUAAAGUAUGGAUUUUAAACUAAUGAAGAAAGACAUGGAGAAAGACACUGAAAAUACUUUAUUUUGUAUUUUUGUUUCAAUGUGCCACUGAUAGCAAAUAAACAGGGACACUGCACCCUUAAAUAGCACAUCUAAACUAAAUAUACAUACAGCUCGUUUGGGGAUGAAGUUGAAUCCUAGACAAUGAUCUAAGAGCAGUUUUAUGGUUUUCCCGCUAAUAGUUAAGGUUACGAUUGGAGGGUGGGUAAACUGAUCCUAGAUCUGUAUCUAAUAGAAACUUCAGUGUACUGUAGAAGCACAGCUGUGAAUGUGAAAUUGAUUAACUAAAUGUUUGUAUAGGGAGUUAUCCACCUCAUUUUCGAACCCCAAACGCGGGAACUAUGGCAACAUCUUUCUCCGCGCUUGCGCAUUAUCAUGAUUCAUAUGCGCGCCACUAGAAAUUCCUGCAUUAGUAUGUUUCUGUUAGCAGAGACAUCAUGACAAAAUACCCCAUGUAUUACUGUCCUGCUGAUGUGCCUGGACCGUGUAGGCUAAACUGCUCAUUAAAAACACAUAACUGAUCCAAAUGGUUGCCCAGUCAGGCAUGUUAGUUUCAGUUAUUUCCAAAUUAAUAUGUAUUCAAAACGCCAGGCUUUUGAGCAGUUAUUCAAAUGACACAGGGUAUUCACUGCAGUUAUAGCCUAGACUAGAGUUUUGUACGCACUUGAAAACAAUAAUAACAUAAUUCAUUACAUUGUGUUGUUAUAGCCUAGGUAGGAUACAUUUCUUGUCCCUAUAAAACAAUAGGAUAGCUUUCAGAGCUGCGUACCCACGGACGUGGAGGGACCGCACUCAGCGCAGCCUCGGGAGCGCACAUAGUGAAAACAUAGUUAGCCAACACUAUCUGAAAAAACAUUUUUUCUUUCACUUUGUAAAUUGACUGGAUACAUUCACUGCAGUAUUAUGCCUAACACUGAGUUUAUGAAUUAUGGUCUAAUAUGCAUAAGCUUAGGCCACGGUACAUCUCCAGCCUGUCUGUCUUCAUUGCUCUGAUGAGUAUAACAGUAUAACUUUAGACCGUCCCCUCACCCAUACCCAGGCGCGAACCAGGGACCCUUUGCACACAUCAACAACAGUCACCAACAGCGUUAAGAACGGGCACGGAGUUGGAAAGGAGAAGCCCGUAUUGUCCUAUCCUGUUAACACCAGACUACAUCCUGACAAAAUAGACCUACACCGUAUGAGUGACCUAAUAAUGUACCUUUCUGGACCUUCUAAACUGUCAAGAAUAGACCCAGACUGGUCCAAAUGGUUGCAUAAUCAGGCCUAGGCUGUUACCCUACUGUAUGCAGUUAUUUCGGUAUGAAACAAAACAGAAUGUGUGAGCGGUUAUUCAAAUUAGCCCACAUCACUGCAGUUUACAACAUAUAGACAAUAACGGUGUAUUCACAUGAUAACAAUAAUACAUUGUUGUAGGCCAGGUAUAAUAAUUUUAUGGCCUAAUAUCAAGAUAAUAUUUACCUUCUUACUUACAAAAGCUAUAGCACAUGUAGCUUGAUCCUUUUUUAUACUCGGCCUAAUAGUCUAUUGGAGGGAAAGCAGCAGGCUUGCUCGUGCUAAUUGCUGAAUGUAAAACAGGUCUACGGCAUAGAAAACGCAUGUUGGGGAAAGUUGAGGAAAUCGUGCGAUCACUAUUGGACAGUUAUGAUAAUAUUGUUGCACUGAUACAUUGCAAAUAGUUUCAGAGGACAUACAGAGAUGAGCACUGUAAAAAAAAAAAAAAGAAGACCCAAAGAAAUUGACAACAAUUCGAUAAAUGGAAAUCACUUGAGCAAGGAGGCAAUGACGUGCUGUAAAAGAUGUGCAGGCUAGACGGUGUUUGUUGUUGAAUUGCUACAUUUAAAUUAGUGGUACUAUAUUGCUUUUCAUUAGGCCUUGAUGUACAUAUUAUUAUUUGCAGUUGUCACUAUGACAACGAACACACCAUGAAAGCACUGAAUUUUUAUAAUUUUUUAUAAUUUUAUAAUUGUAUAGCCUAUAGUUUAUCAUUAUAGUUAUUGGGUGGAUGGCCCGGGCCUUUAACUCCGACACAACACAACUAACAGUAUUAUCACAACAGAACUAGCGAACUUGAAUGAAAUACAUAUACAAUUACACGUACUCAAUUACACUUAUAAUUGACCGUUAUACUCGAUAAACUGUCUCUUUCCAAUAAUUUAAUCUGGCAAAUUUGCCACCGGCGCGCUGCAAUGGUAAGUAAAGCGGAAAUCGAAUCAUUCACUUCCGUUGUUUGGCUGUGCCCAUAGCAACGUUCGACAAUGAGGUGGAUAGAUUAACAGAGUUCUAUUGAAUCCAUUUCAGCAUCAAACGUUCCAUGACAAUAACGUUCUCAUUUACAUUCUAAACUAGAAUGUAUCGGAACUAUUGAUACCGACAUGGGAAAUAUACACAUUCCAAGGCUCAGUCGCAAAUCAUACCCUGUUCUCCAUUCAGUGCACUAGCAUAUAAGAAUAUGAGACGUAGCCAAAGUCCAUUGAUCUCCAACCAUGUCACUUUAACUCCGUAUCUCUAUCGCUGUGGUUUGUAUAAGUAACAUUAUGUGUGUUUUAAAUCAAAACUGUUGUAUAGAAUUCUGGUCAGAUCUGCUUGUAAAGAAUUUGGGUUUCUAGAUAAAGAGAUGAACUGUCUUUGUAUUGUACGCAAUAAACUGUAGGCAUGUAUGAAUAGCUAAUAAUAAUCUAAUAAAAAUACUGACUGUG